AUGAAAUUGGAGCUACGUGACGGCCACCUGACGCGGCCGUCACGUCGCGACGUGUUCGCCGACAUCGAUCCGGCGUUCCGAGGCAUCGAGAUGCAGGACGCCAACGAGUUCUUGCUGCGCCUGCUAGACACCAUGAAGGAAGAAAUCGACGCGCGGCGGCCGACCGAUAACCUUGUGCGAGACAAUUUUCAGUAUCAGACCGUCGAGAGCUACAUGUGCACCAAGUGCCAUGAAACGGUGCUGAAACAGCAAGAGAACAUAUGCUGGUUUGUCAGCGUGCCGCGCCGCCAGGGCACAGAGACGCACACGCUGCAGGACGCGCUGCGGCUGUGCAUGCGGCCUGACCGGCGCGAGCUGCUCUGUCAGCACUGCCGCCAUGACGACUGCCGCGUCACCACCAAAAUCAGCCAGCUGCCCAGGACGCUGAUAGUCCAGCUUAACCGGUACGUCUUCCUUGGGGAGGAAUCGAAGAAAAUCUGCUCCAACGUCGGCAUUCCCAAGCUCCUUUCGCUGAACGAACAUGUCGCGGACGACGUCACCCGGCCCCCAGAGUGGAAGUGCACAAAGCCUGCCCUGUGCAUCCUAUCCGACUUCGAGGAGUCUGAGGCGCCCAGCUCGGGUCCGUCGCCGCCGCCCGCCGCCCGUGGACUGUCACCAGUGCCGGCCACCGCCGGCUUGCCGGAGUCCGCCGCCGCCGACUCGCCGGUGUCGGCCGGAGCCGCGGCACCGGUGCGUCCCCCGUCACCGGCGACCGGUGCCGAGCCGCCGCAGCCGCCGCCAGCGCAGGCCGAGCUGGUGGUGCUGGACGCCGACUCCAAGUUAAAACCGGCGCGGACCUUGGACCUGGCCGGCGACUUUACCUACCGGCUGGUGAGCGUCGUCAGCCACUACGGCAGCGCCACGCACUCUGGGCACUACGUGUCGGAUGUGUACAGCGUCGGCAGGGACAAGUGGUUCCACUACGACGAUCGGCGCGUCAGCUGUGUGGACGAGGCCGACGUUCUGGGUGAGGCCGGACACCAGAGGAACGGCUACAUCUUCUUCUACCUGCACAAAGACCUUUGCGACCAAGUGGUCAGUGUGGAGGAAGCCGGCGGGGCGCUGUGA